AAGGUCGGCCACGUAAACUUGAGGCAGCCCAAAGACUGUGAACCUCUUGUCCUGGAACCCACCCCCUCCUUUCCUGAGCUCUGCAAAGGGCAUGAAGAACUCUCCAGCUGGCCCCAUAUAUAGUGGAGUGCCAUCACGCUGCACAUUUCCUUCCAGGGAACAAAUACUAUGGAGUGGGUGAGGGUGCAGCGGCCUCUCUAGGUAGUGGAAAAUGAAGCGGCUGCUUUAAGGCCUGAGACGUGUGCCUGGGGUCACGUGACGGCGUGCUCCUGUUUGCGCUUGCCGCUAACGUCAUCGAGGCGCCCUCAAGAGAACUGGCCAAGGCUGGUCUCUGAAUGAUGAUCCCCACCCUCCCGCGAGCAAGGCGGAAGUGUGGAGGACGCCGAGAGGCGGAGGCGUGAGAGGCGAGGUCGCGAUCGCAAUGAGUGGUCUUGGGCGAUUCUUCGGGAGAGGGAAGAAGGAGAAGGAGCCAACCCCUGAAGAAGCAAUACAGAAACUGAAAGAGACAGAGAAGAUACUGAUCAAGAAACAGGAGUUUCUGGAACAGAAGAUUCAACAGGAGCUACAAACAGCCAAGAAGCAUGGGACCAAGAAUAAGAGAGCCGCCCUGCAGGCUUUGCGAAGGAAGAAAAGGCUGGAGCAGCAGCUGGCACAAACUGACGGGACAUUAUCCACCCUGGAGUUUCAGCGUGAAGCCAUCGAGAAUGCCACCACCAAUGCAGAAGUACUUCGUACCAUGGAACUUGCUGCCCGAGGCAUGAAGAAGGCCUACCAGGACAUGGAUAUUGACAAAGUGGAUGAACUGAUGGCCGAUAUUACUGAACAACAGGAUGUGGCCCAGCAGAUCUCAGAUGCCAUUUCUCGGCCUGUGGGCUUUGGAGAUGACGUGGAUGAGGAUGAACUGUUGGAGGAGCUAGAAGAGCUGGAACAGGAGGAAUUGGCCCAGGAGAUGUUAAAUGUGGACAAUAAGGAGGAAGAACCUCCAGUCAAAUUGCCUAGUGUACCGUCUACUCAUCUGCCUACAGGGCCAGCUCCCAAAGUGGAUGAAGAUGAAGAAGCACUCAAACAGUUGGCUGAGUGGGUAUCCUGAAGCAUCUGGGCUUGUCUUCUUAAUGCUGCUUUUGUUGGUCCCUCUUCAUUAAGUGCCAAGUGUUGAGCUAAAGGAGCAGCGGUUCUUUUGGGAAGUCCUGCUGAUGGUGGUAAUGCAGCUCUGCCUAAGAAAGGUGCCUGUCCCAUCCCUGGCUCACUUCUCAAAAAGGAUCUUGCUAUGGAAGGAGCCUCUGGGCUUCCUUCUCUCUGAUAGAUGUUCCAGUGCUCUUAUUCCCAAUAAAAUUGGGUGGUUGGAACACUGUCUAUACUGCCUUUUCUGCUCCCUGAAACGCUUCCCCUAGUGCUUGGAGCCUUGUUUCAAGCAAUGAAUAAAAGUGAGAGUCAUGCAGGGCACAGAGAAA